UUGGCUCAGCCUUUGCCAUUGGCUCUUUCUUCUCCGUACACGUCUUUGCUUCAUGUUUUUCUCUCUGUUGUGCUGCCUUUAUAUAAACUUGAAACUUGAAACACCACCUUCAUCUUCAUCUAACAGUUCAAAAUUAUCUCUUCCUGUAUUUAGAGAAUCAGAUACCAGAAGACGGUGAAGGAAGCGAAAAGAUAUAAAGGAUACUUGUUAGCUAGAUGGAUGGAUAUGCCAGUAAAAGAGCUGCUGAUGGGCUUGUUGUACCUGGAAAGGGAUCCGGUAUCAUCUUGAAGGGUCAUGUUAAUAACAAAGAACGAAGUGGUCAAUUUUGCAACCGAAUCAGAUGCAGUGGCAGGCUGAAUUCCGUGAAAGGUACUCCCAGUCCCAGUGGCUGCUCAGGAAAAGCAAAAUCUUCGAGGCCUUCUUACCGCGCUUCAUCAAAUGGCAAGGAAAUAGUUGGAAGUUCCUCUAGGGUAUACUCUGCAGUUGUCAACUCUAGAAAAUCCUCUACAAAUCCUCAGAACAAGCUAUCAUCUAUGCUAGAAACAGAUUCGUCUGAAACUAGUAGUGUUCAGGAUGAGCCAGAAGUAUCGGAGCUCAUAUCCCCACCAGGAAAGAUUCAAAGAGGGUUGCAUCCCAAAUCUCAAGAAGCCGAUUCUAGGGAAGUUAGAGUGAUGGAAGUUGGGAGCUCUAGUGCAGCAUCAAACACAAGACCAAGGAGAAACCUUAUUCAGCGUGCUGGGUUGGGAAACCAGGAUACUCUUGCUGGUCCAUCGGUUACUUUGGCCUCUCGAAGUGCUUCCCAGGCAACUCGUGCUAACACAAGCAGGUACGGCUUCAGAAACAUAAGAUGCAGCUCUAUUUCUGAUGUUCUUCCUUCUGGUUAUUCAUCUUCUGAUUCAAGCUUCAGCCGAAGGAAAGAUACUGUAAAAAAAAGAACCACUGAUGGAGAAAGUAGUUCUUCAACCGGGGGAAAGAUAUUGAGUAGGUCAGCUUUGGCGGAACCGAACAACAGGUCUAGUCAUGGAGUUCCUAUUUCUGAUUCAAGGCGAGCCAGAAAUUGCCCCCCUAAUAGUGAUAGUAGUGUUGCUUCUUCAGUUAGGAGGAGACCAAGCAGUGGUUAUGUUAGAGGGAGACUCCUUAACCAAGAAAAGGGGAGUAGUUUAACUUUGAACGAGUCCCCUGUAGUCAUGCAGCUAGUGCCUCAAGCUGAUGUAACUGUCAAUUUGAGUGCUCCUGUUUCCUCAGAAACUAGCUCGACUUCUGCUAUUUCUUACAGUCGACCAGGGAGAAUAAGUGAGAGUUUACACAGUAUCAUGCCGUCUAUUCCUUCUGACGUUGGAAUCAACCGCCCUUCGGUGAACCGGGAUAGCUACCGGCGAUACAAUAUGGAUGGCAUUGCGGAGGUGUUGUUAACACUUGAGAGGAUUGAACAAGAUGAAGAGUUGACAUAUGAGCAAUUGCUUGUUCUAGAGACCAGCUUGUUCCUCAAUGGACUGAACUUUUACGACCAACAUAGAGACAUGAGAUUGGACAUAGAUAACAUGUCAUAUGAGGAAUUACUUGCUCUAGAAGAGAGGAUGGGUAACGUUAGCACUGCGCUAUCUGAAGAAGCAAUAUCGAAAUGCCUUAAAAAAGGCGUCUAUGAGGCAACAUCUUUGGAGGAUGCAAAAGUCAGCUGUGAGGUUGAAAAGGAUGAUGUGAAAUGCAGUAUAUGUCAGGAAGAGUAUUUUGUUGGAGAUGAAGUAGGGAGGUUACAGUGUGAGCAUAGGUAUCACGUCGGGUGCAUACAGCAGUGGUUGCAGGUGAAGAAUUGGUGCCCCAUUUGCAAAGCAUCGGUAGAAGCCAUGCAGUCUUAUUGUUCGCCUCGUAGCUGAGUUGGAAUUUGAAUUCGAUGGCUUCUCUUCUUCAACUAUUUUUAUAUUUAUGAUCAUAUGUAAAUAUCAAACCCAAACAAAUAAAGCAGGUGCUAAGUGAAUCUGCAUUGAAACACCCAAUUCAGUGGUAAUAGAAGAAACGUGGAUCAAAAUACACAAUACAUUGGCUGUUAUAUUUAG